AUGCAGGCGCCGUGGGUAUCUCCACCAAAUGUAAAGAGGUGUGCAGCAGUCCACGUGCUAUACCCUCACAGCCACAACGCAUGCGCCGAGACACCUGCCGCACCCAAGCGCGAGGUGAAAGAGCGUCGCCGAGUCGCUCAUUUUCCCCCCGCUUGGGAGCGGCAGGGGCCCCGGCACGUUCGUUGCGGCUCGACCAAGCGUAAUCGUGGCCCACACCGUAGGCGGCCAGUGCCUCCUGGUACGGAGGGACGCGUGCCAGGUAAAGAUGAAUGGCUCCUCUGCGGUCCAUUCUCAGCCCAGUCCACUGGCAACCAUGCUGGGGACCGGAGACCCAAGUCCGCUUUCUCAGAGGCACCUUGGACGAUGGAAAAGGAACGGCAACACCGGCUGCUGGGCGAGCGGGGUUCCAUGUGGUAUUCUCGGACCCCGACAAACUGAGCUCCCUAUGCAAGAAGGUAAAUGA